UUUAAAUUAACCGUACCAUGAUACAGACACCUUUAGAAAUACUACAAUUUAGACUUGCAAAGGUUUUAACCAAAGGAUAUAUUCGUCGUUUAGGGGAAUGAGUUCUUUUCUGAAAUACUGAAGAGAGACACAUUAAGGUUACCGCGAACCUUUCAGGAAGAGUUACAGCAGGGGAGGCGCGUGACAGGCGGCGCGCGCUCACGCACCGGUCACUUGUGUUGUGUCAAAAGCACGUUCAAGUGUGGCUUUGCGCUUUUUCGGUUUCUCGAUCAGGAACUGGAACCAUAAACUGGAUUAUACUUAUUGAACUACUUCGGUUUCUUGGAAUUUGAGUAUUUAAGCGCUGAAGUCACCUGAUCACGUAUUGGGUUUCCAUGUGAUGUUUCUGGCGUUCAGGAUGGCUUACAUACGGUGUACACGUGCUGCUCAAAAACAGACAUUCACUUUAUGUAUCAUAGGACCGCAAAACAAAUUGAAACCUUAUGUGCUGAAUAUCUAACCAUAUUUUUGUAAUAAUAAUAUAAAUAAAUAAGUUAAACCUGAAGGCAAAUCCAAAAUUUAAUGAGCAGAGAGGAUCAUGACUGUGUGAAUCCAGAUUAUAACACUUUUCUGGGAGCUGGACAAAGCCAUGGGCAAGGAGCAGGAUCUUCUUCUGGCUGUGAAGAAUGGAGACCUUCCCUUAGCUCAUAAACUUCUGGCCAAAAUCAAGACCAACAGAAACAAGUUACUGGGCUCCACGAAGAGGCUCAAUGUGAAUUACCAAGACCAAGAUGGAUUUUCGGCUCUUCAUCAUGCGGCUCUCACUGGCACUACUGACCUCUUGUCUCUCCUGUUGGAAGCACAGGCCACCGUGGACAUUAAAGACAGUAAUGGUAUGCGUCCAUUGCACUAUGCUGCUUGGCAGGGGAAGGCUGACUCUGUGCUUCUGCUGCUGAGAGCUGGAGCGUCUGUGAAUGGAGCUUCACAUGAUGGACAGAUCCCUCUCCACCUGGCGGCACAGUACGGACACUAUGAUGUGUCUGAAAUGCUGCUACAGCAUCAGUCCAACCCUUGUACUGUCAAUAAGGUGAAGAAGACCCCUCUAGACCUGGCUUGCGAGUUCGGCAGACUCAAGGUGACCCAGUUGUUGUUGAAUAGUAACAUGGUGGUGGCUCUUUUAGAGGGUAACGGCAGGGAUAACACCCCACUGCAUCUUGCUGCCCGCAAUGGCCACAAGGACAUCAUCAGACUGCUGCUAAAAGCUGGGAUUGACAUCAACAGAACCACUAAAUCCGGGACGGCUCUGCACGAGGCUGCCCUCUACGGGAAAACCGAAGUAGUCAAAUUAUUGCUUGACGCUGGGAUUGAUGUGAACAUCCGCAACACCUACAAUCAAACAGCUCUGGACAUUGUGAACCAGUUCACUACUUCACAUGCCAGCAAAGAAAUCAAACAACUCCUCAGAGACGCCAGUGGAGCAUUGCAGGUGAGAGCUUUGAAGGACUACUGGAAUCUCCACGACCCCACUGCUCUCAACAUUCGAGCAGGAGAUGUAAUCACGGUCUUGGAGCAACACAUGGAUGGACGAUGGAAAGGACAUAUCCAUGACAGUCAGAGGGGCACUGACCGUGUGGGAUUCUUCCCUCCUUCCAUUGUGGAGGUUAUUAGUCGCAGAUCAGGGGGCGGUCUCUCCCGACAGGCCUCACUGCCCGUCCAGAGACAUCACAUACUGUCCAGAGCCCUGCCCUCACACAAUUCUCAUCACACCUCUCACACUGAUGACUCCUACACCUUAUACUCAUCCACUCAUCCUACCGUGACUCACCACAACAGCCUGGAUCAGCACUCAGGUGCACUUCCCGACAGUCCCAGUGCCCUGUGUAAACCAGAGGAUAUUUGGGUCCUCAGGACCUCUCUCAAUGCAGGUGACAGGAACAGCAUUGGAAGUGCAGGCAGCAUGGGCAGCAGUCGCAGUGCUGGCAGUGGACAGAGCACAGAGGGAAACUUUCCAAAUAAUGGACCCUAUCAGUCACCUUCUGCUGUCCAGGACAACAGCAAGAUGCCUCCCUCUGCUGGAGAACUGCUGGAACAGAACCAGGAUCCUACAAAACACAUGGACCCUCAUUCAGGUGCUCUUGGACGGAGGAUUCCUCUGAGCAGCUCCAGACCUGGAGAACAACAUGUCAUCCAUCAACAGCUGCUUCUAGAUGGCAGGCACACCUCCAAACAAAUCAAUGCAGUUAAAAGGGCUUUACGGGAUGCCGAGGCUAUUUACCAGUGGCUGUGUGAGUUUCAGCUGGAGCAGUACACAUCUAAUUUCCUCACAGCUGGUUAUGAUGUGCCCACAAUCAGCAGAAUGACCCCCGAGGAUCUCACCGCUAUUGGUGUUACAAAGCCUGGUCACCGCAAGAAGAUCUCCAUGGAAAUUGGCAACUUGAAUAUACCGGAGUGGUUGCCAGAUUACAUUCCGUCUGAUAUUGGGAAAUGGCUCAGUGCUAUUGGGCUGCCGCAGUACCAGAAAAAACUAGCUGAGAAUGGAUAUGACUCCAUAAGCAUAGUGCAGGAUAUCACAUGGGAAGAUCUGCAGGAAAUUGGCAUCACUAAGCUGGGUCACCAGAAGAAGCUGAUGCUGGCAGUUAAGCGGCUCAGUGAUGUACAGAAGGCCCGUAAGACCCAGGCCGAGGGUCAGGCAUUGCUCCAGCACAGAAAAGCUCCUCCUGCCCUUGAGCUUGUGGCCAUUGAGCAUCACGACACCUCUGACUGCCCCUCAUCACCCUUGUCACCAAAGAUGCUCACCUUUCAGGACAGUGAGCUAAGCAUGGAGCUGCAAAACGCCAUGGCACGCAGCGGAUACUCUGGAGGACAAGACGGUCUCAGCAUGAGCGGAAUAGCCAUGCGUCUUAGUCAAGAAAGCAUUGGGAUACGAUCAGGAGGGUCAGGACGCUCGCAAGAACGCCCGAUGGCAUCAGUGACCCCUCACAGCCGGUCACAAGAGAGCUUGGGUAGUUCAGACAGCAGUCCCAGCAAGGAACAAUAUGCCAUAAGGGAAUCUCAGGAUAAAAGCCAAAUAUCACCAGUCAGAAUGGCGCCAGUUUUGCCACUACAACCUCAUCCAAACUCUUCCAGCAGCAGUCCGUCAAGAACCCCACCCAUAUUGACAGGUAAAACAACACGUUUCGCAUAUCCGCCAAUUCACACCCAAUCCAGACCAGUGGUUUCUCCAUCUCAACCCAAUCAAGGAUCACCUCUCCAGAGGGGCUUUAGCUACCUGCAGCAUCAAAACUGUGAUGCUAACAAGCAAAAAAACACAGGUCCAGUCAGAGCCGCGCAGCCAAACCAGGACACAUCAUGCUCCACUAAAAAGCGAACUCAGAGUCUUUCUCGCUACGCCAUGUCAGAUGGAGAGAAUGAAGACGAUGAUGUCUCAGCUCCUACCAUGACGUCUGCCAAUGUGGCUUCUUACGCCACACUCACUCGCAAACCCGGCCGCAGUCAACCAUCUUUCGCCUUGAGUGAUCGCCAUGUAGGCCGCAGUCAUUCCUUUGCCAUCCGUGCCAAGAGGAAAGGUCCACCGCCUCCCCCUCCAAAGCGGCUAAGCUCUGCCCAAAGUGGAGUAACUUCAUGUGGGGUUGAAACAGAGAGUGCUGGAAGUGUCCGAAGCAUUGCAGCUCGUCUAGAGAGCAGUACAGGAAGCCCCAGCAAGACAUGCAACAGCCCUGUUUUUAAAGCCAUGUCUCCAGCUACUCCUCCAAAAAAUACAGAGAACCGUAGGAGGACCACUAGCGACUGCUCUACAUAUGAAACGAAGCAUGCAGAUCAAAACGUUAGUCCUUUGAGGCACCAACAAGGUUCUGGUUCAUCGCAGGAGAGCAUACCUUUUGCAGAGGAGGGCAAAGUUACUAUUAAGCAACGGACCAAAUUAGCAUCCGCUAAGAGCGAGGCCGAGGCUGCUGUUGAUAUUCUGAAGCCAGCACAAUCGAUCAAAUCAUCCCUAGAGGUGCUCGAGUUUAACUUAAAGGAAUCAGAUACGGUCAAAAGGAGACAUAAGCCAAAAGAGUUGCAGAUGAAAGGUCAGGGCAUCAGCGCACAAAUAGGAAAUGAGAGGGCCACAGAGACUGAGAUGGUCUUGCAGUGCAUGCAGAAUGGCGGAUUGAGGAAAAAUCCUCUUAAAUCUGGCCUCGCUCCAAAACCGGGCUCUCCGCAUAAACCUCCAACCCCUUCUAAGCCCAUACGCCAUUCCGCUGCAGCCACCUCAGGAGUGUCAAUGAGUGUUGUCCAGAGCGUGGCGUUUGCUGUUUCUCCUCCAUGCAGUCCUCUGGCUUGCUGUCCCCCAAAUGCAACACCUCAAGGUCAGUCAGCGCUGACAGCUGAAGGCCAGAAUGUGCUAGUUCACAAACGGCUUGAGCAAACCAGCACAUCUCUACAAGCAGCGCUUCAAGUUGUGGAAAGGAAACUGGCUCAGGACGACCCAGCAAGCAGGGGCAUUAACACAGUGAAGUCAGCGGGGAAUAUUCUUGAUGAUAUAGGGAACAUGUUCGAUGAUCUCGCUGACCAGCUGGAUGCCAUGUUGGAUUGACCUCCUGUAAUUCCUCAAAGCAUUGCGCGGGGCCUUCACAUGGAAACUUCUAGAUGCUUUAAGCACUCACUCUUCAUAUUCUGUUUACAUCAUUCUUCAGAAAUGAAUCAGGCGAAUCAAUUACCUGCAAUGAAUAAUUUGAAGCCUCAGAACUCCUGUGGAUGUUCACUAAACUUGUACUUCUUACCACACUGUUUCUGCGUCUUUAUCUUGCUCUUGACAGAAAGGAUUGCAGAAUGUAAGCACUUACUUUUCAGAUCUUCUGGACUCCAACAGAGACUCUUUUAAUUUCCUGUUGUGCUCAGAUCAAGCCUUGCAGUUGGCCUCCAGCAGAUGGAUAUACGGUGUGAAAUCUGUGUGCUCUGAGAUUCACCGUUCCUCACUUUUGUUUUCCGCAUCCUUUAUUCUCUGUUUAAGUUAAGCAAUAACACAGCUGAUCAAAAACAACAAAAAACUGUUCAUUAUUUGUGGAAUGACCCAAAACCUCAUGGACCAAGUACGUUUGACUGAACUCUACAUUCAUCGACUGAAAAGGUCUGUGUCCUGCCAACAGAUUCAGUGCUGUACAGUAUUGUUGCACUGUAUAUUGUGCGUUUCAAAGGUUGCAUAAUUCAACAAGAGCUUAACGUGUUA